CAAAUCUGAGAGAAAGAGAUGACAUCACGCAAUCCAGAUAUGCCUUUGUUAGAAAUUCUCAGAAACAUUUCAUUUUAAGUUAGUUAAUUGCCUACAGUCAGGAUAUCAAUAUUUGUUUACAUUAUGGAGCAAUGAAUUUGUGCAGGACUUUAUUUACAAACCUAGAUAUGAGAUUGACAGCUCCACUCGCGGUGCGAGGGGGGAAAAACUCCAGCGAGAACCAAUUGUCUCCUGACUCAAUCCGCCGACGCAUCUUGUCCCGCAGCCUGUCCGUACGGUCGGUGUCCAACACAGGCGUAGAGCUGCGAGAGCUCUCUUUUGAACUGUCGCCUCCGCUGUUGCUCGCUCCGCUGGAGUCGCUCUUGCAUGAUUGCCACUCGCCGUCAACUCUCUGGACUUGGUUUACCAUGAUCCCGGGAAGUAUCUAUAUAUUAUCUAAAGUCACAAAGAAAGGCUACAAGACUGUCUUUCUCUCUUAAAUCAGUCACACAUACACUGGAAAUAUCCGCUCAACACUUAUUGACCUUCGUUGCACACAAUUGCAUUGUGCACCACAAAAAUUGAUGGGCGUUCCACCAAACGCUGAUACCAAAAUAUCAGUACCAGCACAACCCUUCUGUCGUCAGUUCAGCAGGUUUUAAAACAAACGUAGUAUUAUUUAACUAUAAAGAACGUGCAAGUCCCAAUGAAAAUAACAGUGGGUGGCCAGACUGUAUAUUUGCUAGCUAAAUGUAUCAGCUCACCUCUCAAUCAAGAAUUGUGGUUGUUCCUAAGUAGUCUUCUCCUGCUCCCCGCAAUAACGCGUUUACUCUGAGCGACUAAAGUUAGAAACGCAUACCCAGUUACCUUUCUUGGAAGAUACCUUUAUCUUCCAAGAAAACAUGUGCCUGCUGAUAAGUUUUCGUGUUUUUAUUUUUUUUAUUCUCGUCUCGACGUUUGUGGGGGGUUCCCUUCCUGGAGGGUCCUGUAAUUGCGUACACUUUACGCAUAUAAUCUUAACACACCGUGUUAAUGCUUGACUAUGUGCUUAGAUGUAUUGUUAAUGCAAUGCAAAUAUGUAAACAUGAUACCCUAUUAAAAUUGGUGAUGAUACCGAGACAGAGCAUGCUGGCUAUAUCAACAUUCUCAUAUGCAAUCAGCGAACGUUACCUUAAAUGCUUAUAUUUUACGCAGUUUAGAUAUUUUGGCAUCGUCUCACGUUUCUAUCACAUGACAUGAAGCCGGAAAGUAGAUGCAGAAGCGUCAGUAGACAGUGCAGCGAAGAUGGCGUGCUGUGGUAACUGUUUUUGUUGUCACUGCUGUUGCCGGGAUGGAGAGACCCGCACACCCGAGGAACUGACAAUACUUGGGGAAACUAGAGAUGAAGAGGACGAAAUUCUGCCAAGGAAAGAUUAUGAGAGCUUGGAUUAUGACAGAUGCAUUAACGAGCCCUAUGUUGAGGUCCUGGAGGGUAUGGACAAUAAGAAAGCCAAAAAGUACGAAGCUGUGAAAUGGAUAAUGGUGUUUGCUAUAGGCGUAUCCAUAGGCCUGGUGGGCCUUCUUGUGGACUUUUUUGUACGACUCUUCACUAAGAUCAAAUUCAGCUUGGUCGGAAAAUCGGUAGAAGAGUGCAGCGUGAAAGGCUGCCUCGCACUGUCACUUCUCCAGCUCCUGGCUUUCAACAUGGCCUUCAUCUUCAUUGCCAGUGUGCUAGUUCUCAUUGAGCCUGUAGCUGCAGGGUCAGGUAUCCCAGAGAUCAAAAGCUACCUGAACGGAGUCAAAAUUCCAGGGAUCGUCAGACUUCGAACGUUCCUCUGCAAGGUCUUCGGGGUGCUGUUCACCGUAGCAGGAGGUCUGUUUGUGGGGAAGGAGGGCCCAAUGAUCCACAGUGGAGCCAUCGUAGGAGCUGGCCUCCCCCAGUUCCAGAGCAUCACUUUUAAGAAGAUCCGCUUUGAUUUCCCGUACUUCCGCAGUGACAGGGACAAGAGGGACUUUGUCUCGGCGGGGGCGGCUGCAGGCGUGGCUGCUGCGUUUGGGGCGCCCAUAGGGGGCACUCUCUUCAGUCUGGAGGAGGGCUCCUCCUUCUGGAACCAGGCGCUCACUUGGAAAGUGCUCUUCUGCUCCAUGUCAGCCACAUUCACCCUUAACUUCUUCCGCUCGGGAAUCAACUACAACAAGUGGGGCUCCUUCCAACUUCCUGGUCUGCUCAAUUUUGGAGAGUUCAAGUGUCUAGAGGGGGAUAAAAGCUGCCACCUGUGGACGGUGGUGGACCUGGCCUUCUUUGUCUUGAUGGGAGUUGUAGGUGGGCUGCUGGGAGCUCUCUUCAACUGUGUUAACAAGAGACUGGCCAAGUAUCGCAUGAAGCAUGUCCACCCCAAGGCCAAGUUUGUCAGGGUCUUGGAGAGUCUGCUGGUUACCAUGGUGACAACGGUGGUGAUAUUUACAGUGUCCAUGACGUUGGGUGAAUGUCGGGAUUUGCCAACUCCAACUCCAAUUCCCACAACCAACAACACCACAACCCUGGUGGAUCAGUAUGCAAACAUCAACUCUACAAUCCGACAGUUCUUCUGUCCUAAUAACACCUACAACGACAUGGCUACUCUCUUCUUCAACCCCCAGGAAGUGGCCAUCCACCAGCUCUUUCACCAGGACGGAACAUUCAGCCCUGUGACACUGUCAGUGUUCUUCCUCCUCUACUUCCUGUUGGCCUGUUGGACCUAUGGAGUGUCCGUACCCAGCGGCCUCUUCGUGCCCUCACUGCUCUGUGGCGCUGCUUUUGGACGUCUGGUGGCCAACCUCCUGAAAAUAAACCUGGGAAUGCACAUCUACUCUGGGACCUUUGCUCUGAUUGGAGCAGCCGCCUUCCUCGGGGGCGUGGUUCGCAUGACCAUCAGCCUGACAGUCAUUCUCAUCGAAUCGACAAAUGAAAUCACAUACGGGCUGCCCAUCAUGAUAACACUAAUGGUAGCCAAAUGGACAGGGGAUUUCUUCAACAAGGGCAUUUAUGACAUCCAUAUAUUAUUGAAAGGAGUGCCACUGCUGGAAUGGGAGACUGAGGUGGAAAUGGAUAGACUGACAGCCAGUGACAUCAUGGAGCCCAACCUGACCUACGUGUACCCCCAUACCCGUAUCCAGUCUCUGGUCAGCAUCCUGCGCACCACCGUCUACCAUGCCUUCCCCGUGGUAACCGAGAACCGCCACAAUGAGCGGGAGUUCAUGAAGGGCAACAUCCUGGUCAGCAACAACAUCCGCUUCAAGAAAGCGAGCGUGCUGACGCGUGCCGGGGAGCAGAGACGGCGGUGCCAGUCUAUGAAGUCUUACCCAUCCAGCGAGCUGAGGAACGUGUGUGACGAGCAGCUUCCUGUGGCGGAGCCGGCAGAGGAGGGCCAGGACAUGCUGCAGCAGAUGCUGGAGAGGAGACACGUGCCGUACCCUAACCUGUACCCAGACCAGUCCCCCAGUGAGGACUGGACCAUGGAGGAGCGCUUCCGCCCCCUCACCUUCCACGGGCUCAUCCUGCGCUCCCAGCUGGUCAACCUGCUUAUCCGAGGGGUCUGCUACGCUGAGAACCAGUCGAGUGCCACCCAGCCCAGACUGUCCUACGCAGAGAUGACGGAGGACUACCCCCGCUUCCCUGACAUCCAUGACUUGGACCUGGCCCUUCUCAACCCCCGCAUGAUAGUGGAUGUCACACCCUAUAUGAACCCAUGCCCCUAUACGGUGUCCCCAAACACGCAUGUGUCCCAAGUAUUCAACCUGUUCAGGACCAUGGGCUUACGACACCUGCCAGUGGUCAAUGCUGUGGGGGAGAUUGUGGGAAUCAUCACCAGACACAAUUUAACCCACGAGUUCCUGUUGGCCAAACUCAGGCAGCACUACGUCACCAUUUGAGCUUCUGAUUGCAAAAUCCAAACGCUUUAAAACAGCACGGUCCUGCACAAGUUUCCAUGAACCUGGACCUCUGACCAGAACUUUCUUAUGUCUGUAUAUGUUUUGUGACACGCAUACACACACAUACUCUUUAAGAAACUCACUAAACAGCCCUGCAUCCAUCUGCCUAUGACAGGCAGACACAUUCCUGUUGUGUAAACAUGGAAGAUCAAGUGAUGAUGUUUUCUCUGCUAAGAUGACUUCCCCCUGAUCCUCUCCUCUGUACCUUUACUACCAUCAUGGUUGAACAAUCAGUGUACUAGCUUUACCAACCACGCUUUACCUUCCACAUGACUGGAGCACGUUUCAUUUUGGACUGUACAUUUCAAGUUUAUUUUGGAUUUACUGUGUAUGUGAAUGAAUUUGCACUAAAGCUAUUUGUGUCCUGUGAAGGGCUAUGAUCAAAGUAGACUUUCAGUGGUAGCAAGGGAUCAAAAUGUAAGAACAAUUUCUUACCAACACAGAUUUGAGGAAUUACACUAACAAACCAUACUAUUGCACUGGACCUUACAUAAAGCUUAAGAGGGUGGAUAUUUCACUGAUAUUCAGGCAGUGGUAGUGAGGAAUUGAUCUUUAAGGGGGCUGUAAUUGACCAAGAUUCUUCUACUUGAAAUUUCGGUUUGGGCAUGUCAGUUUGAAUUGUAAAUCUCCCUGGAUAUUCUGUUGACUGAAGCCAGACUAAUUGAAGUUGACCUUAGCUGUGGUGUCACUGGAUAGAUUUCUAGGCGUAAUAUGGAUAUAUUUUGGUACAUCAAUAACACAAGGUGUUCUUGCAAGCCAGUUUUAACUCUUCUAUUUACGCUUGGUUUGCACUAAGGAGUCAUUUAUUGCUAAGGGAUGCAGUUAGGACCAAACCUAUUAAACCUGGAAAUCUUUGUUUGAACGUUUCUUUGAGUCAUGAUGACAAAAUGUGAUGGCACAUAUUUAUAUAUUUUGCAUUCCUGAUUUCUGGAGUCAUUCUUGUGUUUUAUUUAAGAAUUUAUUUUUAUGAAAUUGUAUUUUUAUUAUUUGCUCAAUGGAUCAAAUGACAUGUAAUUACAUUGCGUGAAACAACAUGGACUAAUGUUGUCCAACUAUUAUUUGUAGACUAGCCAUGUGGUUGUGUUAGUUUAAAGAUAUGUUUUUAUAUCAUGUUACUUUAUAAUACUCUAUAAAUGUCAGUGUAUCUGUACAGGGAACAUGAACCAGAUGAUAUUAUAUGAAGACUUGAACAAAUUAUAAAUGUUCUACCGCUAAGCCAGUCAGAUUCAGAGGGACUGUUUUGCCAAUAUAACCUUGUGACAUAUUAAGUAUGUCUGCUAUGAAUAUUAAGGCAUUCAUUUGUACUUGUUGAGGAAUUUGUUAAGCUUUGACAAAUAUAGGACACAAGCUCAUGGCAGAUACAUCAGGCCCUCCAGAGAUCGGAAACAGAAACUCCACUGUAGUGUGCCUUGACAUUUCUCUCCAAUAAACACCAUUUUGAUUUGUAAAUCAUAUGAAAGAUCCACUAAUCUGAGUUUUUAGCUCACACUGUUCAGUAGAGGUUGUACAUGAGGGGUUGUGGUUGGCUGCACUGAUGCCCAGGUCCCAGUUUUCCACAUUACACUGGCCCUCAGAAAACAACACACACCGGUAAAGGUCAAUUUACUAAUCAGGCUAAUCUUUAGUGGAAAAUGUUUGUUUUUCCCACUGUUCUACCAAACCUGCAUUUGAUAAGAAUCUCACUCAACAAACCUGGGAAUUUAAACAGUUCAAUUAAGUUGUAUUUCUAGACACCUUUCUAGACUGUAUAGGUGCAAUUCACCUAUACAGAUUAAAUAAAAUAACCUCAUGCAUUUUAUCUGACAAGUUCCCAUAUGCUACAGCAACACUCAUUAGUUGUCCAUAUCGGUGAUGAUGGUCCAGUGACGCAUCAAACUGAAGUUUAAUUGAUGAAGAGAAACCUGACUAGACACGAGUGUGUGACGGUGUUUCAUCUUAAUGUAAUACAGUGGCAUCCCAUUCAUGCAAGCUGUCAGAAUACAUUUACAGUACACAAGACACAUUAUAUUGAGUGUAAUCCUUUUCCUUUGUUGUGAAUCAAGCACAUCCUUUUUCUCAGGUUGAGGGGCUAUUUAAGUACCCUUGGUA